GAUCCAUAUCCGCAUCGGCAUCCAUCCUGCGAAUGAUAGAUUAAGAAAAAUGUUACAGAAGAUGAAACUGUAAGAAAAUAAAAACUAUAUUCAUGCAGCAAUGGGAUACUUCAUAAAUUGUGCAGUUUAACAUUUGACGAUGUAAGACAAUUUCUGCGAAAAGGAAUCAACAGAGGAAAAUUUUACUUACGUGGAAUCUGAUGAAAAGGAACCAAGGAGAUUCCAAGAAGACAAGAACAUUCAUGAAUUUUCCAAGGAUUAUUACGUUUUACAAUCUGCUCAUUCUUUCGGGAGUUUUGUUAAUCAUUAAUAACUAUUUAAUGACAAACAGAAAUUAUAUGGUUAAGUUUGUGCGUGAUAUGAAUACGCAUAUAUCAGCUUGUUUGCUUAUCAUCAUUUCGUACUGACAUUAUGACGUACAACGGUACAACGGUCGAACAUUCAUUCUCGAUUUGUGAGCUGCAACGAGUGAAUUUUACGUUUCCGACGAACGGCGACAGUGUAUAUACCUGCUAAAUCUAAUUUGCUAAAUUUUCAUACAAAUUUGGACGUCAAAAUGAAGAACGGAAAUCAAGUUUUGGCCGAGGCCUUGAAGGAACAGGGUUUAACGUAUGUCUUUGGGAUCAUGGGCCAUCCUGUGAUAGAUUUGGCUUUAAAUAUGCAAGCCGUCGGCUUGCAAUACUUAGGUUUUAGGAAUGAACAAGCUGCCUGUUAUGCUGCACAAGCUUAUGGAUAUUUAACGAGAAAACCCGCAAUAGUGUUAUGUGUCUCUGGUCCGGGGUUGUUACAUGUUAUUGGCGGUAUGGCGAACGCGCAAGUAAAUUGUUGGCCUGUGCUCGUGUUAGGAGGGUCUUGUCCGGAGGACCACGAAGGGAUUGGCGGAUUCCAAGAAUGGCCACAGGUCGAAGCAAGCAGACCUUAUUGUAAAUAUGCAGCAAGACCGCCGUCAGCUGUGCUCAUACCGACACAUGUUGAAAAGGCUGUGCGACUUGCCACUUAUGGUAGACCAGGCGCCGUUUAUCUUGAUUUACCCGCUACAUUAUUAAAUCAAAAUGUAGACGAGAGUAAAAUAGUUAAGGUUUCACCGUGCCCACCACCGCCACUAUCCUAUCCUGAUACGAAAUUAAUUAAACAAGCAGCAAAUUUAUUGAUAAGAGCGAAGAAACCUUUGGUAAUAGUUGGCAAAGGAGCUGCUUAUAGUCGAGCUGAAGAUCCAGUGAGACAGCUCGUCUAUUCGACGAAUAUGCCUUUCUUACCAACGCCGAUGGGUAAAGGCGUUGUACCUGAUUCGGAUGAGCGUUGUGUUUCUAGUGCGCGAACGUAUGCUUUACAACAUUCCGACGUGAUUUUACUGUUAGGUGCUAGAUUGAAUUGGAUGUUGCACUUUGGACGAUCACCCAGGUUUCAAAGCAAUGUCAAAGUCAUACAGAUAGACUUAUGCGCCGAGGAAUUGCAUAAUUCCGUACCUUCCGCUGUUGCAAUACAAUCCGACAUUGCGCCCGCCACAGAAUAUUUGAUGAACACAUUGAAAACUCAGAAAUGGUGCGUUGAUCGAAACGAUCCGUGGUGGAAGGAUCUUGCAGCAAAAGCUGAGAAGAAUAAGCAACUAGUUCACCGGAUGUCAUUAGAUACCAGUGUGCCUCUGAAUUAUUAUACUGUCUUUAAACACAUUCAAGACGUCUUGCCGAACGAUUGUAUUAUUUGUUCCGAGGGAGCUAAUACAAUGGAUAUCGGACGAACCGUUCUUUUAAAUAAUCUGCCACGCCAUAGACUGGAUGCUGGUACAUUUGGCACUAUGGGCGUAGGACUUGGAUUUGCGAUUGCGGCUGCCCUUUACUGCAAGGAUAACGCACCAAAAAAAAGAGUAAUUUGCGUAGAAGGAGACAGCGCUUUUGGAUUCUCUGGGAUGGAGAUUGAAACCAUGUUUCGAUAUAAACUGCCGGUGAUUAUUAUAAUUGUGAAUAAUAACGGUAUAUAUGGCGGUUUCGAUAGUGAAACUUUUAGACAGAUACAGUCGUCUGGAGAUCCUACACAAGUAACACCUCCAAAUUCAUUGUCAUCCGAAACUCAUUAUGAGAACUUGAUGCAAAUGUUUGGCAAAAAAGGACAUUUUUGCACUACCGUGGAGCACAUUCAACAGGCGUUAAAGCUAUCUCUAAAGGUAAUGGAUAGUCCUAGUAUAAUAAACGUUAUGAUUAAUCCGCAAGCGGAUCGUAAGCAACAGCAAUUCAGUUGGCUAACAGAAUCAAAGUUAUAAAUAUAUGCGAUAUAAGAUUGCUAAAAUCAGUGAAGGUAUAUCUAUAAUUUAAUCUUUUCUAUAAAAUAUAAAUACAUAUAAAUACAUCUAUAAUUUAAUCUUUUCUAUAAAA